CUUUGUCAGUUUCCGUCGGCCAAAAAAAAAAAAAAACUGUCAAAAAACAAUAAAAAGUUUCUCUCUUUCUCUUUUCUCUCUCUCUCUCUGAAGAAUCUCAAGCCGUUUCGUUUCUUCCGCCAAGCUCACGCCUUUGCCGCCGGCUGGAUCGACUCUGCUCCGGCGACCCAUUACAGGGUUGCUUGGUAGCUGUGGAGGUUUCUUUGUCUAGCUUUGUUGCUAAGUAGCUUCUGGGUUUGAUUUAUUAAAAGUCUCCAUCUUUAUUAGUUUGGAAGCUAAUUAGUGUCUUGGAGUGAGAGUUCUGAGUUUUCUAGGGUUCUUAUUCUGAUUUAAGUUUAGUAAUGGCGGAACCUGCUAUGGUGGAUAGAGGGAUACAGAGCUUAAUAGCUGCAACUAACCAUUUGAAAUCGAGCCUAGAGAAAUCUAAAGCCAUUGGUUUAGCUCUGGAGCGCACCAGUCCUAGGUUUGACGAGAUUAAGCAGAGACUGCCUUCCCUUGAGGCCGCUGUAAGACCCAUACGAGCAGAUAGAGAAGCUCUCGUGGCUGUCGGCGGCCACAUUAACCGAGCCGUCGGUCCAGCAGCUGCAGUCCUCAAGGUGUUGGACGCUGUCCACGGACUCGAGAAGUCUUUGCUAUCAGACCCCAAGAACGAUCUCUCCGGCUACUUAGCCGUUUUAAAGCGGUUAGAGGAAGCGUUGAGAUUCCUAGGCGAGAACUGUGGGUUAGCUAUCCAGUGGCUGGAGGACAUAGUCGAGUAUCUGGAAGACCACAGCGUUGCUGACGAGAAGUAUCUUUCGAAUCUGAAGAAGUCUUUGAAAGGUCUCAGGGAGUUUCAACAAGAGAAAGCUCGCCUUGACGGCGGGCUUAGGGACGCCGCUUUAGACAAGCUCGAGAACGAGUUCAGGAGGCUGUUGAAGGACAACAGCGUCCCACUUCCAAUGGCGCCGCCAUUAGGAGAACAAGCGUGCAUCGCGCCGCCUCAGCUGCCUGUGACCGUAAUCCACAAACUGCAAGCCGUUCUCGGGAGGCUCAGAGCGAAUAACAGACUCGAAAUGUGCGUUUCGAUUUACGUUGAAGUGAGGAGCUCUAACGUUAGAGCUAGUCUUCAAGCGCUUGACCUGGACUAUCUAGACAUAUCAGUCACCGAGUUCAACGACGUGCAGAGCAUCGAAGGUUACAUUUCUCAGUGGGGGAACCAUUUAGAGUUUGCGGUCAAGCACCUCUUCGAAGCAGAGUUCAAGCUUUGCGGCGACGUGUUUGAGAGAUUCGGUUCAAACGUUUGGUUAGAUUGCUUCUCCAAGAUAGCUGCUCAAGCGGGGAUGCUCGCGUUUCUCCAGUUCGGUAAAACCGUUACCGAUUCCAAGAAAGAUCCAAUCAAGCUUCUGAAGCUGUUAGACAUCUUCACUUCUUUAAACAAACUGAGGGGAGACUUUAACCGUCUCUUUGGCGGAGCAGCUUGUGUUGAGAUCCAAAGCUUCACUAGAGAUAUCAUCAAGAAGCUGAUAGACGGCGCGGCUGAGAUCUUCUGGGAGCUUCUGGUUCAGGUGGAGAUUCAGAAACAGAUCCAGCCGCCUAGCGAUGGCGGUGUGCCUAGGCUUGUCAGCUUUGUGACUGAUUACUGCAAUAAACUUGUAGGAGAUAAGUACAAAUCAACGCUUAGUCAAGUUCUGCUCAUACAGAAGAGCUGGAGAUCAGAGAGGUUCCAAGAGAAUCAGCUAACGGUUGAGAUUCUAAGAAUCAUCAAAAUGAUAGAGCAGAACAUGGAGGCGUGGAUGAAAGCCUAUCCGGAUCAAACGCUAGCUCAUUUCUUCGGUAUGAACAAUCAUUAUCAUCUUUACAAGAGCUUAAAGGGUACGAGGAUUGGUGAUCAGUUAGGAGACUCCUGGCUGAAGGAGCAUGAUCAGUACAAGGAGUAUUACGCUACCGUCUUCCUUAGAGACACUUGGGGUAAGCUCCCAAGCCAUUUGAGCAGGGAAGGGCUUAUACUCUUCUCUGGCGGACACGCCACGGCGCGUGAUCUCGUCAAGAAGAGGCUGAAGUCUUUUAACGAUGCGUUUGAUGAGAUGUAUAAGAAGCAGUCCACGUGGGUCGUGCCUGAGAAAGAUUUGAGGGAGAGGGUUUGUCAGCAGAUUGUUCAGGCUGUUGUGCCGGUUUACAGAAGCUAUAUGCAGAACUAUGGGCCGUUGGUUGAGAAAGAUGCUAGUUCGAGCAAGUACGUGAGGUACACGGUGGUGGCUUUGGAGAAGAUUCUCAGCUCUCUUUACAUACCUAGGCCCAUGAGAUAUGGAAGUUUUAAGGGUACACCGCCGAGUGAGAAACUCAGGAACGAUGUUGAUCUUAGACGCACUACUUCAGCUGUUGUAUGAUUGAAGCCAUGUUCUGUUGUCUGAAAAUGUGAUCAUGUUGUGUCUGCUCUUCCAUCUCCUGGGAAUGUUAUCUUCAGUGGAGAAGCAGAUGUAGACUUUUUAUACGUAUAUAAGAUACUGUCGCUCUAGGUAUAGCUUUUUAGUCACUGAUCAAGUCCCCUUAGUUCAUUUAUGUCUUGAAGUUUCAUGUUAGGGGUUAAGGGGGUUAAGAUUAUUCUAUUUAGUGAGAUAGCUAGAAGAUCAGUAAUGGAAAAAUGUUGUGCUACGUUUGUGACAUUUUAUGAUUUUUUUUUUUUAAAUAAUGGAAAAAUGUAUGAAAAAAACA